ACAACCCCUCUCUCCGCCUCUGUGCAGCUCAGUGUAGCAGCACUACAGUCUGGUAAAAACAGACCAGUUCACUGACCAUCCUCACUCCACAGGUCACAGCAGGACACAGCAACAGCAGACAGCCAGGAAGAGAUUGAACCCAGCAGUCAGAAUGGCAGACAGCGGGAAGACUAAUGAGACUAGUGCUGCAGCAGCAGAAGCAGCUAAUGGAGACCAGCAGAAUGUUGUUUCCAGAGUGACUAAUCUCCCUUUAGUCAGUUCAGCCUGUGAGGCGGUUUCCAGUGCCUACAGCAGCACCAAAGACAGCGUGCCCUUGCUGAAGGGAGUGAUGGAUGCAGCAGAGAGUGGGGUCCGAACCCUGGGAGCAGCUGCCACUACAGGGUCCAAGCCUCUGCUGGACAUUAUAGAACCACAGCUUGCAACUGUAAAUGAGUAUGCUUUGAAAGGACUGGAUAAGAUGGAGGAGAAGCUGCCUAUUCUUCACCAACCAGCAGACAAGGUGGUGUCGGACACAGUAGGUAUGGUGUGCCAGUCGGUGGCGGGUGCCAAAGACGCAGUGCUGGGAGCUGUGAUGGGCGGUGUCGAGAUGACCCGGGCAGCAGUCAGUGGAGGUUUCAUCUCCACCAUGGGCACUAAGAUGGGCCAGAUGGUCAGCAGUGGGAUGGGCCUGGCCCUGAGCCGAUCGGAGGAUUGGGUUGACCAGAACCUGCCGCUCACUGAGAGGGAGCUGGCUGCUCUGGCUGAACCUGCCACCGGCGAGAUGAUUGCACCAUCAGCCAGCAACAGCUACUUUGUCCGCCUGGGGAAGCUCUCAGCAAAAGUCCAGGAGCGAGCGCUACAGCACUCUUUGGUCCGUGCAAGAAAUGCAAGGGAUGCCACCUAUGCUGCAGUGGCUCAGAUUACCAGUACUCUGGACCUGCUUGAAAGUGCUCGCACCAGUCUUGGUACUGCCAGUAACCAGAUGGGAGGAGCCAAAGAGCAGCUGCUUCAGCGCUGGACAGAGUGGAAGCAGAAGCAGGCUGGAGCAGGACACACUGAGUCGGAGCCGGAUGGAGCCAAAGAUGAGGCUGAGCAGUUUGAAUGGCAGGCUCUCUCCAUGGUACGUGGUUUGAGUGACCAGCUGAUGUCGGCAUGCUCCAGUGUGGUGUCAAGUGCUCAGGGUCUGCCAGGUGCAGUCCAGGACCAGCUGACCAGUGCGAGGCGAUCAGCUGAAGAGCUGCGAUCUUCUCUAGGGAACACCAGCACCAUCACACCCAUCCUUUUGGAACGCAGCCGGCAUCAGCUGACCCAAGUUCAGCAGUCUCUGGAUGGUGUCAUGGAGUAUCUUCUAAACAACACACCACUCAACUGGCUGGUGGGACCUUUUGCCCCUCAGAUCAUUGAGAGGGCGCCAGCAGAUGUGGCAGUGGAGCAGAGUGGACCACACAACGACAGCUGAGGACUUUGCUGUGUGUCUCUAUGAGUUAAUCACUCUGAUAACAGAAGAACAGUGUUUAUUGUAGAUUGAUUAUUUUAAAACAAUGGUAUGCUUUCUCAUGUCAUUCAUUUAAUCACGUGUUCUUCAUGAUGCACUCAACUUCUUGGCUGAUGACACUAUAAUUGUAAAAUGGAAAUGAUUUGAAUUUAAUCCAUACUCAAAGCUCUGACCUAUAACCCUUAUAACAAAAUUGUGCACUUUAUUUUUUAUCUCCUAGAAUGUUGAAAGUAUUUUUUACAGUUGUUGUAAAUGAUUGGUUGUGCAGUAUUACUCAAGAAAACAUUUCUGUAAGUACCUUAAAGCAUUUCAAAUCAUUCCAAGAACUAAGCCCCAUAUUCUACCAGCCAGCUGAACCACCAUUUACACAAAUACGUAUACGCUUUAGAUGAGAUGCCAUUUAAACUGCAGUUGUGCCUUGGACUUUGAGGGUUUUAUUCGAGCAGCUGUUAAACUGUUAUUAAGCUGAAAAGUCAAUAAAAUGUUGACACAU